AUGGCAUUUUUUGACAUUUGCAGUAUCGGUCGAAAAAAAUACCUUUCAGUUCAAAAUGGCAUCGGCGCGUCGGCAGCAGCAGCAGCGGCGGCGAUUCAACAACAGAAAUUUAUUGAAAAUUUUCUCUCUGAACAAACAGCCGCCAAUAAUUCAAUUGUUGAAAAGAUUCAGUUACAACAGGUUUGUUCACAAGCAGUUUCAUCUGCUAAGAAUAUUGCUGAGAUGGACAGUGAGCAAAUUGGAGAGCACAUAUCCGAUUUAAUUAUGAAACAUACAGCGAUUUUAGAAGAAAAUCCAAGUCAAAUAAAGCGACGUGCCUAUCAUCGUCAAGCAGGACGUCCAUCGUCAAUGGAAAUUCAGUUAGAAACUCAGAGUCAGGAUAAUUCUUCUGGAAGAGCAUAUACAUCACGUAAUCAUUCAUUAAUUGACACUCAUCCUAAUUCAGUUCGUACUAUAUUAGGUGGAUCGUUAGCCACUGGGCAGCCAGUGUUACGCUUCCUUGACAAGAGUAUAGUAUCACUUGAAUACGCUGAUGAUUUAGUCCUUUUUGCUGAUAGUAAUGAAAUGCAAAUAAUGUUAAAUAAUGUGCCAACAACUGCAGCGAGAAUUGAACUUAAAAUCAAUGUAAAUAAAAUGAAAUCGUCUUGUAUGAAUUCGCUCCUAACGUUAUCAAAUGAUACGAGUGAUUCAAAACAGCCUUCUACAUCAUCGUCGUUGAUAGUCCUUGAAAAUCGACAUCCUCUAAAAAGACGUCUUCUAGCAGCUGCAGAAAAUGAUGAACCUAAACCUUCAACGAGUAAAUUGGCAAAAUUAGCAUCAGAGGAACAUGUGAAAGAUAUUAAACCAGCUAUGUCUGAUGCUAUAACUAAUCCCCUAUCGAAUUCAUUUUUUUCGCAGUUCAAUAACUGUAUUCAAUUAAAUUCGAACCAAAUUCCACCGGUUGAAUCAAAAGUUUCUUCAUCGCAAAAAGAGCGCGCCGUUGAUGUAAGUAGGCCGUAUAUUUUGACACUGAACGAUACGAUUAAUAUUCGCAGAGAAGCUAUAUUACAACCAAGAUGUCGUCUUCGAAGUCUAACUACAGAGACUUAUGCAUGUUCGAAGGCACAUAUGAUGUAUUUCGAGGCAAAGGGCAAUUUCAGUUUCUACACCAAUUAUCAGCAGGCAAAAAUCAAUGAUGAAGAAGCCAAGAAGAAUAUCUUAUAUAUGAGCUCUUAUUCUUCAAAACCAAGAGCAGGUAUUAAACGAAAAUGGCGUUUUACAACUGCGAUGCGUGAAAUGGGAGUUUUGAAAGCAACACAUUCAUCAUUUUGGGAUUAUUCAACAAAGAUUCGUAUGCAUCAAAAUAAUGCCGUUAAUGGUUUUGUAAUAACAAAUAAUCUCAUAUCAAGUCAGAACAACAAUAUUUCUGUGGAUAAAGUAAAACGUGAAGCUUUAUCUAUCGUUUCUACAAUUACAACUACUUCAGUUACCACAACUAUAACAUCAGCUGGCAUCGCGUUUGGCGCUUCAGUUGAUUCAAAAAGCAUAGAAGGAGAUCCAUCCAUUCCAACGUUGAAUGCAAGUGAGGAUCCUAGCAAAAAGAAUACGAAAUUGAAUCUUAAAGAAUCUUCUCCAAAAAUAUCUAUGAUUCAGCGUAUAGUAGGUGGUUAUCGUACAGAUGAAGUUUAUGUUUAUGUGAGAGGAAGAGGACGUGGACGUUACAUUUGUGAUCGUUGUGGUAUUCGCUGCAAAAAGCCUUCAAUGCUUAAAAAACAUAUAAAGUCACACACAGAUAUAAGGCCGUAUAACUGCAAGCAUUGCAAUUUUAGUUUCAAGACAAAGGGAAAUCUUACAAAGCAUUUGCAAUCCAAAGCUCAUAAGCGCCGAACAUGCGAAAAACAAAGUUUGGGUGACGAGCAGGAUUAUGAUAGUGAUCAGGAUAGGUUGGAAAUUGCCAGUCAACCUGGUUCAAGUAACAGAGAUCCUCUCUUUGAUGAUGAUUGGUCAAUUAAUCUUUCAUUUAUUUACUGUAUUGUUUUAUAUCAAAAUAUUUUUUUGUUGCUAUUUAUUUUAUAUGUCCAUCCAUUUGUUUUUUUUGCAGAAAACAUUCUUUUUGAACGUAAUAUUCACACUCCACCAUCUUUUUGGAUGGUUGGUGAAACAACAGUUUAUUGGCCAGAUUCAGAACGACAGCGGCUAUGUCAUAGCGCUCCGCCAGCCGCUUCUCUUUCUCCAUCUCUUCGUAAACGAGAAAAGAAUGAAAAGGAGUCUCCGACAAGUGGAUCUGGAGAUGAAUUAAAAUUAAUAAUAAAUACAUAUGAAGAUGAAAUAGAGCAAUCUGAUGUAAUUCCUUCUGAUACACCAGUGUCUUCUGAAUUCGCACCAGAGAAUGAAUUUUUUGUCUUUAAGGAAAUGGUGUGCGAUAUUUGCGAUCGUGUGUUUCGAAAAGCUACAGAAUUGGCUCUACAUCGCCACACACAUUCACUUGAACAACAAAAUGCAAAAACUCGUUCUUAUCAUUGUACGGAAUGCAAGCAUAGCUUUCGAUCAAAAAGUCUGCUUAAUCGGCACAUAGAAGUGGUUCAUAGCAACGCUAAGCGGCAUCGUGAAAACAACGAUUCGGAAACUGCGAGCAGUGAUCCUCGUGCUUUUCGUUGCACUGAUUGUGAUAUCGGUUUUCGUAAACAUGGUAUUCUGUCUAAACAUCUUCGUUCGAAAGGUCAUGUUGCAAAAUUAGAAAGCCAAGGUAAAUUACCAGAAGAUGCACUUGCUCUUAUAUCAAAUGAAUCAAAUAUUUCGUGUUUAAAUCGGAUUGAUACGACUGAUUGUGAGCGAACUCGUCUAUCUCUAAUUGCAAUUCUCGCUUCUCUUCGAGAUUCUGCUUCAUUAGAAUGUCGAGAACAACUUAUGCAAUCGCCAGCACCGCCAUCUAAUCGUAUUGCAUUCACGCCAAGACGGCGUUCCGUUGCUUCAUUUUCAGUUAGUAGUUCCAACAAGCGUUCCUCAACAAAGAAGUGCGAUAACAGUAACACAUCAUUGAAUCAGAAUGAGGCAAUGAACAAAAAAAGCGAUUCCGUUUUGCUUCUCAAAACAAAUGAGGACCUUGCUGGGAAAUCGAUUUCAGCUAACAUAUGGAUACCACCAAAGUCUGACUUAUCAUUAUUAAAUGAUCGACGCCUUCUAGAUAAUUCACUUUCAACGCGAAAUUUAACGGAUUCAUCUGCAUUUUCGGACAAUGGAUCAUCAGUUCGAUCAGAUGAAGCAAACAGUGAUGGGGCUUGUAGAAGCGAAAGUUCCACACCUACACAAAAACUGCUGGGCAGUGUGGCUGCAUCACCUUUGCUUCCUAUUUCUACCCGUUGUACUGUUUGCAAUGCUAACUUUGAAACGGCGUUCGAUUUACAGGUCCAUUUACAUGCAGAUCAUAUCGAACUUCGAGAUGGAAAUGAUUUUCGUUGCCCGACGAGGGGCUGUGAUAAAGUAUAUCCAAAUAGAGAAAAUUUAAGGUUACACAUUGCUGCUCACUUUUAUGGCGGUGGAGCAACUCCAGUUCGCGAAGGUUGUGAAGAAAAUGAAGGCGCUACCACUAUUCUUUCGGAAAUGAUUGGUAGCAGUGGUUUUCAUCGAAAAUUAGCAGGUAACAAUAGUUCAGAUCAACAUGCGAAUUCAGCUCCCAACCACAGCCCUGGAAUACCAGAAGAAUCACGUACGCCUACCUGUCCAAGAAUAUAUAGUUCAACAAGCAAAUAUACGACCGAAUCAAAUGGUGUUUCUCAAACAGUAUCUUUCAUCAGGACAAAACUAGAAGAAUCAAGAAAUGAUCAAAUUGUAAAUAAUUGCGUUAGCAGUGAUAACGAUACUGUUGAUCAAGAAGAAUCGAAUUCAAAAGAUCGCCAAACACCUAUAACCGCUACUGCUUUACCAUGUGCUAUAUGCGGUUCUUGUUUUCCAGAUGCAUUUAUUUUGCAGAAACAUUGGUUAUCACAUGUCUGUGAUCGUCCUCACAUUUGUAAACUAUGCGAUGCUGGUUUCACUACAGUGGAAGCGCUUAAUGCACAUACACUAACUCAUCAAAACGUAAUUUUUUUAUUUUUUUAUAUUUUUAUUUUAUUAUUUUUUUUUAUUUUUUUUUGUAAACUGCAUUUUUUGGGGUACUUUUUGGUUAUUUGA